AUAAGGAGCGCUUCUGUGCUCCAAGAUUCAGUUUUCUCCUGGCUCUUUCAGUUGCUCUUUGUUCCUAUUUGCUCUUCGAGAUGUCCAAGCUCAGGCAGUGCUUCUUAUUCUUACUGUUUCUGACAACCAGCAUCGCCUUCUGGUGUGAGUUAGCAGUUCCUCUUUUCAUCUAUCUUCAUAUAAGCACCAUCAGAGAAGGCGUGAUUGUAUCAGGCAAUUUGGGUAAUGCUUCUAUUGCUGAUAUUUCAAUCCAGCAAGAGAUCGAUGAUAAUAUCCCAAUAUUCAUUUGCUUGGCUGGAAUUGCAAUGUUCCUGAUCUGUGUCAUUAUAUUGACUUGUAAAAAGUUGAGAAUCUUAAAUAAAAUCCCUCGUCAUGUCAAAGAAGAAAUCUUGAGAGAGAAAUAUUUCAACAAGCUCAUGGAGAAAAAGGUUAUUGCAGAGCUGAAUAGAAUGCGCGCCCAGGGGGCUUUUUCACCUCCACCUGAGGGUAAAAAUUUAGUUUGAACUUUGAAGCUUUUUAUUUCAAAGAUCAUUUAAUUUGAUUGAUUUAUUUUUCAUUGCAAGUUAGAAAAAUGUAAAAAAAAAUAUAUAUAAAUAUACAUGAGAUACUUAUAUGUGAAGAAAAUUUAUCAAACUCUUCAUCCUGAUGUGACAGUAAUCAAAACGCAUAUCUGAAACCCGAAGGAUUGAAGCUGAUCAUCAUUUCAUUAAUACUUGUGUAUGAUAAUAUAAAUCCAUUUUUGCUUAACCGUCUCACUUAAAAUACCUCUGUUAAGAAUUUCAUUGACUUUCAAUUUUAAGCAAAUAAAUAUUAAAAUUUUAACAUAUUCAGAUUUUUCUCAAAUUAAUCAAUAUUAAAAAAAAAAAUGUUUUCCUAAAAAAUGUAUUGAAUUUUCUUUCCAGAAUUGUAUUUUAUGUAACAUAUUUUAAGCAUUUAUUUCUGUAAUAAUGAAUUUUAAUGCUAUUAGAAUAAAUUAUAUAAAUAACUAAAAAUACCAAUGUACUUUUGAUUUUGAGAACAUCUGUAUUUGUAUUAAUUCAGAUUAAAUAGCCAAUUUCAACAUUUGCAGUUUGUAAUAUAUUCACAUAUUAUGUAUCACUUAAUAAAAAUU